AUGUGUCGUCCCCGUUGCUCGCUGUGGCUGGCCCUGCUGCUGCUGUUCUCCUGCCCGCGGGCUGACAGCAGUGCUCUGCAGGGUCAGAUCAUUGGGGGCCACGAGGCCGAGCCCCUCUCCCACCCCUACAUGGGGUACCUGAAGGUGGGGCGUUCUGCCUGCGGGGGGUUCCUGGUGGCCUCCGACUGGGUGAUGACGGCCGCGCACUGCUUGUCGGGGAACAUCACCGUCGUCCUGGGGGCUCACGAGAUCUUCCAGCCAGAGCAGAGCCAGCAGGUCCGAGGGGUCCUCAGAUACCACCCACACCCCACGUACGACCCCGACACCGUGACCAACGACAUCAUGCUGCUCAAGCUGACAGCGAAGGCCAAGCUCAACAAAUACGUCCGCACGAUUGCACUGCCCAAAACCAGCAGCUACCUCCCGACGGGCACCUCGUGCACCAUAGCAGGACGGGGCCUGAUUGAUGAGGACCAGAUAACAGGCAAGCUCUUUGAAACCAAAGUCUCCAUCUACAGCCGCAGGAAGUGCGUUCUGUUCUACCCACACCUGGUGUGUGCUGGCAGCUUCCACAAGCUGAAGGACUCCAGCCAGGGUGAUUCUGGAGGGCCGCUGGUGUGCAAUAAAGUCGCACAGGGUGUUGUUUCCUUCGGCUACGACAGCCCGCCCGGUGUCUACGCUCGCACUGCCAACUACCUACGCUGGAUCAAGAAAAUCAUGACGAAGUAACGGUGCAGCGUCAGCCCUGGAGACCUGCCGGGUUCCUUCCUGCCCCCACCGGCGGCUCCAUUCCCCCCUCUGCCCUGGGAACCCAGAAUGCCUAUGGAUGCCCAUAGGCUCCCUCCCUUUGCUCCGAGGCUGAUGGCUGUCCCGCUGCCGGCCCAUUUCGGUGCCACGUUGUCACCAGCA